UGGACCUGAACAUCUUCAUUUUUCUCCAUUUUCUUCUUUUCUCUGGAGUCUUUUUUUUUACAGGACACACGCUAAUGUGUCAUGAGUGCCAAAAUUUGAUGGGUUCUUGUGAAGGGAAACAGGUUUUGUGUCCCUCUAGAACUGUAUGUGCAAGUACAACAACAUCCCUGAGUAUUUUAGGUAAUAAUGCGAUGAACAUCUCCACGAAGGGUUGUGCACUGCCAGAGAUCUGUGGAAGUGUAUCCCUUAACUAUGGCCUUUCAAGAACAGUUGUGUCUGUACAGUGCUGUCAGACACACCUCUGUAAUAUACAAAAUGCAGAAUACACCUCCGACAGACCCAACGGAAAACGAUGUUACUACUGUGAUGGAACCAGUUGUUUGAACAAAUUAGACUGUUUAGGAAUUGAAGACCUAUGUAUUACAACAAUAGAAACUACUGAGGCUCAUCUAAAAACUUUAAAAGGAUGUGCCUCAAAAUCGAUCUGUGAUGUUGUGCCACACAUAAAUGACCCUUUUAAGGAUAGCUUAUGCUGUAAGGGGAAUCUAUGUAACACUGAGGAGAACCUGCAUAACGGUGAGAAGAAACGGCGUUUUAUGAAAAUGUUUCUUCAUCUGUGGCACAUUCAGAACAAUCUGUGGGACAAUGAGGACAAUCUGUGGGACAAUGAGGACAAUCUGUGGGACAAUGAGGACAAUCUGUGGGACAAUGAGGACAAUCUGUGGGACAAUGAGGACAAUCUGUAAAAGACACUAUGUAACUGUACUUCACACACUAGAAUCAAAAACAAAGGUAAUAUAUUCCAUAAUGUUUUGUGGCCGGACUCAAAAUAUAUAUAAAUUAUAACCGCUUAUUUCUGCAGUGAAUCAUUUUAACAAGACAAUGUGUUAAUCGAUAUAGACUGAUCUAUAACUAAUAAAAUAAGUAUAUAAUUUGCUUUAUAGGAGCA